AUGCCCAAAGGUUGGGCAUCUUCCACAAAUGCUAAAUUCGGAAAAAAGGGCAGGGGGAAAAGAAUUAAAGUGAAUGUUGUAGAUUUUUUAAAACAAUUUUUUUUAAAUGGAAACCUAAACCCCAAUGAUAAAAUGACAGCCAAGGAGAUGCAUGAGGAACUGUUGAGGGAAUUUAAUCAACAAGGAACAUCCAUCGUACUUGAAACUUUUAAAGCUGCGAGUUCUCCAAAUGAAGAAAACUAG